AUGUCGAUAUCCACCGGUUCAAUAUGCAGCUUCGGCGACUACGCCUCUUCCUUUACGUCGAGUAUGUCUGGCAAGGUCAUCAACGACCCCGGCAUUCAUGAAGACACGCCCCGGGCCGCGCAGCUCCCCGGAUGGUGCAAUGAGAUACAUGGCAAGAUCUGCGUUUACGACGGCGACAUAGGCUCGUAUCUGCGCACAUUCGUGCCCUCGAGAACGCCGUGCCCCCUCGACGCACCCGCCACCGCGCUAGGCCUGGAGUUAACGAGCGGCACCCCGCUGCUCGAUGUUUUCAGAGCUCUGGUAGCAGAUUUCCCUGCCGACAAGAAGCCCUCGUUCUAUGGAGGCCACGGCCAGGUCAUCCCCUUCCCGUUCGCCGAGUUCGCCAGCAGACACCAUGCAUCCAAGCCGGACCUCGUGAUGUCCUUCCCAGGCGUUCGACUCCCGGAGAAGAUCGAAUCGCCCGACUGGUCCCAGUUCUCAGUCGCCAUUGAGGUAAAGGAUAUGGAAGACGAGGAUCCGUUCGCGCGUUCCACAAGCACCGACUUCAGUGCCGCACGGGCCUCUAAAUUCGUGCAGCUCGCAGUCAGCGCGAGGGUCCUGAUGUUUGCCAAUGGGUUCCUCGCCUCCUUCAUGCUCGGGAUAUACGGCGACGUGGUCCGCAUCGCCAGAUUUGACUACACAUGCUGUGUUGCUUCGGCCCCCGUCAGCUUGAAGACCGCCGAGGGCCUCCGUGCUGUCCAGGAGUUCUUCUGGCGGCGGACUGGGGCGGUCGUCGGCGCCGACCCUACCGUCCGGAAACUCACAACCGCAGAUACAACCUGGCUCAGGGAGCACCUCGGGAGCGACGCUGACCUUCUUGACGACGUCGACAUCGACGAGGCUCGCUGGGUGAAGGUCUGGGACGACGACAAACCCACAGACCCGAGGGCCUUCAUCCUCUUCCGGCUGCUGAACGUGAACGCCCGGCUCUUCUCUCGGUCGACCAUGGUCUGGCUCGGUAUCGAAGAUGCUCGUUUCUGCAAUGGGGAGAGCAACGCAGAGACGGACGAGCAUGUGGAGCUUCGGGUGAUCAAGGAGGCGUGGCGCCAGGUGAUUCGAAUCCCGGAGCAAAAGUUCUACACCCGCCUCAAGGAGGAGAUUCCAGAUGAGGAGCGGAUAGGCCUCCCUGAUCUUCUCUGCGGCGGCGAUCUGGGAGAAAGGGACGUCAAGCGGUGGGAAGCUGCCUGCGCGGCCAAAGUGUGGUACACAGUGGGGAGGCCGCUAUCUUGCUUCAAGACUACGAAGGAGCUCGUGAUGGCGCUGCGCGAUGCAAUCGUAGGGCACCAGCUAGCGAUGAAACGCGCGGGAGUUUCACACAGGGACAUCAGCAGCGGCAAUGUCCUCAUCGUUGAUCACUUGCCAGUGACACGCCCCCUUUCCUACGGAGUGUUACUCGACUACGACUACAGCUCGAUGACAUUGGUACCUCCGGAUGACUUCGAGGAUGCAGAUCCUGCCGAGCUACCUCCUCUCUACCCUUUAGCGUAUCUGGACAAGGUCGACCCGGAGACUAUGGCUGAUCUAAAGGAGAGAAUGGGAACUUACUACUUCAUCGCCCUCGAGCUUCUGGAAUCGGGAAUAGGACCCGUCAUGCACGACACCCAACAUGACCUAGAAUCAUUCUACUGGGUCCUCUUGUGGACCGUCUUACGCCACACUGCACACAACCAUCCCGACGGUCGGCACCUGGCCUGCGCGAGCGUGUUCAAGUCCGGAGACGACCGUGAUGCAUGGAGCGCCAAGUGCGGUUGGGUGCACGCCAAUGCGCCGUUCAUCAUCGACCAGAACUCGCCGUUGACGGACCUCAUGGCACAUCUCCGCGACCUCUUGCGCAUUGCGAACGCGCCUUAUGGGCCGACGAGGCGACGCAUAACCUACGGUGCCUUCUUAGAUGCCUUCGACGCUGCGAUAGCCCGCGAGGACUGGCCAGACGACGAUCCGGCCCUGCCGUUCGCUCCGCCGAAGACUUCUGGUCCUUUGGCAUCCAUGGACGCGACCGCCUCGGACGUGGUGUCGGCGAAGCGGCGGCGGAUGGCGGAUGCUACUCUUAUGGACGUCAGGAGGCAGGGCGAGCACGUCGUCGGGAGGCGGCUCAGGGAGGGGUUCUGGAGCGGGUAUGGCCUCGGCGGCGUAAUGUCUAUUCGUCGUGAUCUUGGACGCCGCCGCCCGCGCAACACUUCCCCGCGCACGUCCAAUCUCUGGCAUCCGCUGGUCUGUUAUCUCUCGGGCGCACAUGGCUCCUGA